ACUUCUCCUCCAGGUCAUCCUCACUUGUGCAACCUUCUCUAAAGGUUAUCCACUUAAUUGCUAUGAAUGUAUACCUGACUUAAAUGGAAAAUGCACAGAGACCACCAAAAUUUGUCCGUCUGAUCAAACCACAUGUGGAAGUAUGACUAUGACUGUGUAUACAGGAAAUUCUGUGUUGACUGAAGCAUCGGGAAAAUCCUGUGCAAAACCUCAAGAAUGUACCUCUGGUUCCAUUAAUUUUGGAGUCAGUAGGACAGCAGUGAACACUAAGUGCUGUAACACUGACCUCUGCAACUCUCAAAACACUCCUGCAUGGUCAGAAAAUGCCCCAAAUGGAAAGCAGUGCUUCACCUGUAUUGGCAAUGACUGCACAUCAACUCUUAACUGUGUUGGAGAUGAAAAUAGUUGCCUCAAGACCACUGUUUCUGCACAGGGUGGGGAGGUGACCAUGAAAGGCUGUGUGUCCUCAAAUAUUUGUGCUGCUGCCAGUGACUUGUCAGCACAACUUGGCCUCGGCGUUGGUGUCAGCAUGAACUGCUGUGAAGGAAACCUGUGCAAUGAUGCUCGGCGCAUCAUGCAGAGCAUCCUCCUCAUGCUAGUGCCUCUGGUCUCUAUUGUCCUCAUCCAAUGAAAAUGUUU